CUCAACAUUGACAUACUGUCAAUGUCAGUCAGUUAAGUCAACUCAAUCUUUAAUUUUGGAAGGAUAUGUUUACGUUGUGUUUGAUUUGAUUUUUAUUAAUUUUUGUUUCGAAGAAAAUAUUAACUAUAUUCAUGGACGAAUUGCGAGGACCGAGUAUUCAAAUAGUUCUUCAUAUUAAAGAAGGUCUCGGUUUUGGAUUUUUACGUAGCCCAUUUAUUGUGAGCGGAUCUCUUAACGGGUAUAUCCUUGAGACUGACCCUACCGUGCCAACGCAUGCUCCAUAUUUUGACGCUGAGCUAGUUUGGGAAGCAGAUAAACGGAGGUUCAGAAGUCUCCGUGUCCAGAAUGUUCCCGUCAAAAUCGAAGUGUUCAGUGUGGGCACCCAGGGAAAGAAGGACAAGAUUGGGUACCUGCUGCUCAGCCUCUUGGGAGCGCAGCCGUGCCCAUCCAACAAACUUGUUGAUGUAAAGCACACAUGGCACAGAUUGCUGGGCGUGAAGGCGGAAGGCAAGUGUUGUCACCCGCAGCUGCUCAUGAGCCUCACCAUUGAAGAUAGGGCCGGCACACUCACACCUAGGAACGAGCUCCGCAUGUUCCACAGCACGGAGGCCGCGAGCCCCGCGCUGGGCCUCGCGCCCGACGGCGCACAGCGCUCCGGAAACUCGGUGCUUCUCACACUCAAUGAAUACAUAGCGGAGAGCAAGAAGACGGUUUCCUCUCCGGACCUCCAGCCGCAGCUGGUGUGUGACGACGGCCUCAUCCAGAUCGGAGAGGGAAAGCAUCUUUUUGUACUCAGUAUCACCAUCGCCUCUGUGGAGAAUUUAGAUUUGCUUCUACCCGACAGUCUGAAGGAUAGUAAAGAAUCAGUGGAAUGUUAUAUGGCGUAUUCCGUGUUCACCCACAACAUCAUGACUGACAGAGUGCGCUGCCUCAGCGCCGCGGCGCACUUCAACCUGCGCACCGCGCUGCGCCUGCGCGCGGCGCUGCGGACGCUCGCGCGCUACUUCGCUGAGUGCCCGCUGCUGGUCGCCAGGCUCUGUGUCGGCGACAACGAUAUCGGUAUAUGCAGCUUGGACCUCCGCAAGCUGGUCCCCACCGACGAGCUGAAGCUGUUCCUGCACAAGUUCUGCAACAGCGAGCGCGCGCUCAGCAUCUCCGAGCGCUGCUUCCUGCUGCGCUGCGCGGGCGCCUCAGCCGCCGCCGCCUCAGCCGCCGCCAGCGGCAGGAGGCCCUUCGUCGACGUCCACAUCUGCUUGAAGUACGUCGGCGUGCAGAAGGACACAGAGAAGCCGCAGAACCUGACGUCUCGCAGCGCGACGCAGCUGACGAGCGCCAGCGCGGCGCCGCCGGCGCCCGCCAGCGGCAGCUGCACCGACCUCGGCGUCGGCAGGACUACUACCAGAUACGCAAGCGCAUCGGGCGAUGCGUCGCUGCACACUAACGAAAUAGCGAAGAUUAUAAAGAAUAUGUGCGAGUCCUUCACGCAGAGCCAGGAGAAACUGAUCGCGUCGCGAUUGAGGCCGACCACCAGCGACGCGCAGAUACAGUGUGACGCUGCGCCGGAGAAAGGAGAUACCUGUCAAAGUGAUAGAAACGAGGAAGAAGACGAACCCAACGUGGAGAAGUUCGCGGGCGACGAGCGCCUCACCGCGCGGCCGCUGGAGGACCUCACGCACAUCGAACACAUGCCCACUCCCAGAGAACCAAAAAAACUAGAGACGAGCAAAAGCGACACGUGUAUCCAUCAGACGUGUAAGAGUCAAACGUGCGUCAAUCAGAAUGAAAAAGACAUGGUGAAGCUGUUGAUAUCGAAUGCGGACAGAGACGCCAUCAUGCAGAGGUUUGUGGACGAACUGGAGGACUGGAAGGAGAAGCAACAACAACUGUUCACUUGCCAGUUAAAGCGCAAAGAAGAGUACCACUUGGAGCUGCUGUCGCGGGAGUGGUCCCGGCGCCGCUCGGAGCUGGAGUCGCGGCUGCGCGCGGCGCUGGAGCGCGGCCGGCUGCUGGCCGCGGCGCUGGCGCAAGCCACCGACGACUUCCGGCUCCGCGGGUAUCGCAACUCGCAGAGGGAGAACAAGUUGCUAGACGCGAAGAAGGCUUUAGAGGCGCACUACACGGCUAAGUACCAAGAGUUACGCGAAGCUUCUCAGAAAAUGGAGGACGAUAUGAACCACCAGCUCAAGUUGAAGGACAUGAGGAUAGAAGAACUGGAACAUAAGCUAAUGCAGAUGGAGAAACAAAUUGAGAAUCUCAAGGCUAGUGUGAAGAACAGUGAAAAAGAUGCGGAGAGCAGAUAUUCCGGACUCACCAAGGAUCAGACCGCGAGUCUCAUCCAAGAAUUGCGCUGCCUAGAAGAGAAGCUGGACAGCUCGGUGCAGUCUAAAGCGUUCUUCAAGGAGCAGUGGGGCCGCGCCGUGCGGGAACUGCAUCAGCUGAAGCUGCAUCUCCGCAAGAUGACGCUGCUGCAGCUGCAGCACGACCGCCGGGAGCUGCAGCCAAUGGACCCAAUGCAAGACCAAGUAGACAACAACUUGGUGAUAGAGAAUGAACUGGAUUUGAAGAAACUAAAGGACGAUUUCUAUGUGGACCUGCUGGCCAACACGCCCGGCCUGGAGUCGCACUCUAUUCUAAGUAAUUCUGGCGCUGGUGGAAUAGAUAUGUGCGAGGAUUUCAACAUGGCGGCCAAGAACCCGCUGAGCGAGAAGCUGACGUCUCUGAUCGCGCGGCGCGACGCUCUCGCGCUGCAGCCGCGGCCCGACCAGCUGCUGCUGCGGCGGCUCAACCGCGACAUCCGCGCCAUGCUGCUCAACUGCGGCACUUGACUUCGUCACGUUGUGUUUUUUUUUUAUUGAUCGUGCAUAGCUAAGGCGGUCUCUUACCGGUCGAAAAAAUAAAAUUUUCAAAUGCAUCCACAUAAUAUAAAUUUAAGUUAUUAGACCAAAUGGCAACUACCGUAUUUAGCAAUAUGAAUGAUUGGCAAAGAUACUUGACCAAAUUUAAAGGUUUUAUUUUCUUGUCGAACUUAUAUAGCAGCAACGAUUCUUUCACCGGCCCAGAAUAGUUUGUUAAUUCACUCAUAUUGCACAAUAUAAUUUUCUUGGUUGAAGGACUUUUUUAACACCAAACAAUGUGUUAUUAUUAUUGUAAAACUUAAAAGUCUAUAUUUAGCUGGUGUCCAAGAAGUCAGUUGUGGCUUUUUACGCUAAAAAAUUAUAAAGUAUAUGCCUAGGAUAAUACAAUAAUGAUCUAUGACUUAGCGGAAAUUAGAAAAAUUUACAAGUUUGAAACACAUGGAUACUUUCCUUGCCCUGUGUUAAGUAUUAUUACCCUAAUUUUAAGUUUAGGGAAAUUGAAUUUGACUCACAAUGUGUGAUCUGAAUAGGACAUAUUGUUAUUUCAUCUGACAUUAUUUUUUAUGUAUAAUGUAAUGAAAUUGUUGUUAAAUAAAUGAAGUUAUUAUUAAU